AUGUUCCAGCUGCCCAUCCUCAAUUUCAGCCCGCAGCAGGUGGCCGGGGUAUGCGAGACCCUGGAGGAGAGCGGGGACAUCGAGCGCUUGGGGCGCUUCCUCUGGUCCCUGCCCGUGGCCCCCGCGGCCUGCGAGGCGCUUAACAAGAACGAGUCGGUGCUGAGAGCCCGGGCUAUCGUGGCCUUCCACACGGGGAACUACCGGGAGCUCUACCACAUCCUGGAGAACCACAAGUUCACCAAGGAGUCCCACGCCAAACUGCAAGCCCUCUGGCUGGAAGCGCACUACCAGGAGGCGGAGAAGCUGCGGGGCCGACCCCUGGGGCCGGUGGACAAGUACCGCGUGAGGAAGAAGUUCCCGCUGCCGCGCACCAUCUGGGACGGCGAGCAGAAGACACAUUGCUUCAAGGAGCGGACGAGGCAUUUGCUGCGGGAGUGGUACCUGCAGGACCCUUACCCCAACCCCAGCAAAAAGCGGGAACUGGCUCAGGCCACGGGACUUACCCCCACGCAAGUGGGCAACUGGUUCAAAAACCGCAGGCAAAGGGACAGGGCAGCAGCCGCUAAGAACAGGCUACAGCAGCAGGUCCUAACGCAGGGCUCGGUGCGCUCGCUGCAAGCGGAGGAGGAGAGCGGCGGGGAGGCGGUGGGGGCCGCCUCCAGCCCCGCAGCCAGCCUCUCCAGCAAAGCGGCCACCUCCGCCAUCUCCAUCACAUCCAGCGACAGUGAAUGUGACAUCUGA